CCCCAGUCAUCUUGGACUACAGCUCGGAGCCCGGAUGCGCCGCCAUGCCGCCUCUAUCAGCGAAUGGAAUAAUUUAUUCACCAACCUGCCUGACACUGGGCGACUAGGAGUUCACUGAAGAAGUCGACAACACAGUUUGGGGGGCAGAGGAGCCUUCACCGCGGACACACCAUCGCGCCAUACCCGCGUUGCGUUCACUUGCCUGCUCGCGCCGCCUGCCACCGUUGUAUUGAUGUAGGGACACUUGAGUGCUAGCUACGUAGCUAACGUUAGCUCGAGUCGAGAGAGUGCGCGGUAGUGACAGUCCGGCCGGAGGCGGGGAGAACUGAGAGAUCCAGGAACAUUUCCAUGCCUGCAUCGGCCCUGCCAACCAAAAGAGAUGUCUGUUGACGAGGAUACAGUGAAAACUGGAGGUCCACAGCCCAGCCCAGCAUCAUCUCUGCAGCUCUCAGAAUGCACUGGAGGUUACAGCAAUAUAUCUGUGAUGGUGGAGGGUGCAGCAGCCACCCCUGAUUUCGCAGCCGCUUGUCCUGUCUCAGGCACCACCGCAGCCUCACCAAAACACACCAGCACGACUGACGGGCUCACCCAUUCAGAUGAUGCUGGACAGGGGGCCAGAGGGAACGAGAAUAACAUCAACCGCAGGAACAGCUUUCAUCAUUCCAAACAGCCGCAGCAAACAAAACUAACAAAGCGCCGCAACACAGCAAACUUUGGGUUCAAGCAUCCAACGUCUGGCAAGAGGAGACGAAGGGCCAACUCUGAGAGUGACUCCGUCCUGCCAACCAACUUCCUCCUGGGUGGGAACAUUUUUGACCCACUGAAUCUCAACAGCCUGCUGGAUGAGGAUGUCAACAAGGCGCUCAAUGCAGAGACACCCAAAUCCUCCCCGCUGCCAGCGAAGAGUCGAGACCCUGUGGAGAUCCUCAUCCCACGAGACAUCACAGAUCCGCUGAACCUGAACAGCGGGAUAGCAGACAGUAGCUUUUUGGUGUCCCCCUUUAAAAGUGGUGGCAGAAGGAGACACCGCAACAGACACCAUGGAGGAGGAGGAGGUGGAGGUGGUGGUGGUGGGAUUUCAACCUCACAGUUGAACCUCUCAGAAUCAGGAAAAGGUGAGGUUAAAACUGGCACCUCUGCACCACUUCCAGGUAUGUUAGCCUCAUGUUCUGCACUAGACGUCUCCAAAGAGUCCAACAAUUUCUCCAGUGUCACAGGGGAUUCCCACGAGCACUCAGCCGACACCUCAUCCAGCUUCAAGGAGGAGAUGACGUCUGUAUCAAUGGAGGAGUCCACAUCCUCCAUAUCGGGGGCACCAAACCAGCACACAAGCAGACGAAAGCGUAGGCGCAACUCUGGCAAAAUUGAGCCCCCUGUGACCCAUUCUACGCCAGUUGGAAAGUCAGGAUCUGGAGACAGAAGUUGGGGUUCAGGGGGAUCGAGAAAUUCCCAGUCCUUCCACAUACCAAGGAGUGGUCCCAGAACAGGGCCAGGAGGUCGCCAGCACCAGCAGUCCUACAACCAGGCGAAGGAGCAUCAGAGGAAGAAGUUCCAGUAUGGGAACUACAACAAGUAUUAUGGCUACCGCAACCCAGGUGCUAGUGAAGACGCACGGAUACGUGUGCUUCAGCCAGAGUGGUUUGAAGGUAAAGAUGUUCUGGAUCUGGGGUGUAACUCAGGCCACCUAACACUCUAUAUUGCCAAAAUGCUCAAACCUGCCCGCAUAUUGGGCCUGGAUAUUGACAAUGCUCUGGUACAUGCAGCCCGGAAAAACAUCAGACAUUAUCUGUCUGAACUGCAGACCCAAGAGGCCAGGCAUGCAAUGCAGGAGAAAAAGAGCACCAAGCAGGAGGAGAGGAAUGGAAAUGGGAGUCUCACAGGCACAGACAAGAAGCACAAUGAAGCCGCGAGCAGGGAUGAAAACGGGACACCAGUGAAAGGAGAAAGUGGCCCUGCAGAGGCUGUAAAUGACAAUGACUGCUGUCACACAGAUGAGGCAGGGACCCGGAGGCAGGAUGACAAAACAGAGAAAAUGGAGCAGGAGGAUUGUGAUUCACCCCCCACAGAUCACUCUGUGAGCUGCUCUUUUCCUGUGUCACUACGCAUCUCCAGGGGGCCCAUUGCUGCACCUCCACUAACAGAAACACCCGCCACACGGCCCGGAGAGUUCCCCUCAAAUGUGUCCUUCAUCAAGGCCAAUUAUGUCCUGGAGAACGAUAAUCUUCUUUUGACUCAGCGGCCAGAGUACGACGUGAUCAUGUGCCUGAGCGUUACCAAAUGGGUGCACCUGAACUGGGGAGACUGUGGCCUCAAGCGGCUCUUCAAGAGAGUUUACAGACAUCUCCGUCCUGGAGGCAUUUUCAUCCUGGAGCCGCAGCCCUGGGAGUCAUAUGUGAGGAGGAAGAAGCUGACGGAUAAUAUUAGCAGGAAUUUUUACAACAUCCGCCUCAAACCUGACCAGUUUUCGUCGUACCUUACAACAGAGGUGGGCUUCACCAGUUCUGAGUACCUUGGGGCCCCCAAGUGUUCAAUAAGAGGUUUUCAGAGGCCAAUCUACUUAUUUCACAAAUGACCGCUCCUGCCUUGAAGAUCAUUGAAUGUGAGUAGGCUAAGCCACCACCAUACACACAAGCCAGCCAGCUGCCCUGGACUGCAAGGAACUAUCUGAGUCCUUCACAGUUAACUCCAGCUUUUCAGAUGCUGAAGAUGAAAUUCAGAAAAGGAGAACGGGACCAAAAGUGGAAUUAAUUUUGUAGAGAUCUGAUGAGGAAGAGGCGCUUAUCAGAAGCCUCCGUGUCGGCAAAUUCUUAAAGAGUAUGGAGUGAACUCAGAUCGAACUCCACUAUGUAUAACCUGGAGCCAAACGUCACAGCUUGGCCGGACGGUGGAAGAGGUGAUCGUUUUCUUGGACUAUCCCCAGUGCUAAUGAUGCUCCAGUUUGAUGCACGGCCAUAAUGUGUUUGAAAAUCUUUGGCCAUAUAUCUUUACUUUCAUGACUUUGUUCUGUGCCACCUCAUCACUACACAUGAUACUUAUUAGGGUUGGACGAUAGGGGAGGCUUUUCCAAUUGGCAGCCGUCACCACUUUAACUACAUUGUGUGUUGCACUUGCAAAAACCGCAGUGUACUACUGGAUUAUAAAGCCAUUAAACAGGUCGUACUGACAUGAUGUCUCCUGAAAAGCCACAGCGGAGUGCAGGUAAUGUGUUUUAUGCUGUGCAGGCUAUUGAAGCCUCACAUUGCCAGCUCCAUUGCAGCUACCGAUGACAUCGAAAUUGUGCUCUUAGUGGUUAAAUAUGUGCAUCAUGGUCGCAGCCUUGAAUCCCGUUGUGGCAGACAUAUAACUGCACAUUCUGUGGUGACUUAAACGCAGCCAAACGAAUUCCAUCAGCCAUAGAUUCAGUCCAUAGCUGAUGUAUUCGUCCUAUCUCCAAACCCUAAUAUACAGUUUGUUUUGUCAUUAUUUUGCAAAAUAGGCCUUAGAGCUGAACGUGCUUUAAUCUGGUACAGAACUGUGACAAUGUGAGUCCAUAUUUUGGAAUGGGCGAUAUGGAAAGCUAAAUUGCACAAAGCUAAGAUGCUAUGAAGUGAAUAUGAAGUGAAAAGGGGCGUGUUGAAGAGAUGAAGACGAUGCAAGGGUUAGAAAGGUGCACUUGAAACAGCCAAAACCACAACUAACAAAUGAAAUACUGCACGUUUACCCACGGCACAGCUAAGAUCCUUUCAAGAUAUUGUCUCUUUUUUUUUUUUUUAGUAACAGCUGGUUCCUUAAAAACUGUCGAGAUGAAUGAAGAUGAAGUCAUCACAUAUUAGAUUCUGUCAUUAACACAUGGAGACAGUAUUUAGUUUUAGUAGGCAUACUACUGCCGGGACAAACUAGUGUGGUACUUCAAACCCAAUUUCAGAGCCCAUUGGCUUUCAGUCUGACAACAAUUAAACCCCUGGCGGCAAUGGCCAAUAUUUUGGGGGUUCCACGGUAGCCAGUCAAUAUCUGGGCCAAGACUUCCUCCUCCAACCCUGUUAUAGUUUACCAUUUUUUAUAAACAGAUAGAUGCAUAUAAUUCCUUGUCAGUCGGAUGGGCUCCACAUUUUACCCAGUGCGUUCCGCCUCUUUUGCUUCUCACAUGACGCCUGCUCAAACCUUAUCGUUAAAUACUAAUCAAACUACAAUCAGAAACCAGAAUGCUUCCACUACCAAAAUCUUGUCCUGCUGCACACAGAUUCUGAGUACAUAUUCAGAUAUAUGUUUAUAGACACUACCUUCAACCUGACAUCAGCUAAGUGCAAGUUAAAAAAAUCAGAUUGUUUUCAAGAAAAGAAUUUUGGCUGUUUUGAAUGCAAACUUUCUACAAACCUUCAGACCUGUGUAAUUUACUUUAUUUGGAUAAGUCUUUCAGGAAGCGACAAAUCACUUCAUGGGUCCUUUAAAGCCUUUUUGAUGCUCCAUCCCAAUGGUAGGGGGCACAUUUGAGCUGCGCAGACACCCAGGUGUUGGCUCAGCUCAAGAUAAUUCAGCACACAAACCAUGAGGACUAUUUUGCAAGGUAGAUCUGUAGCAUGCAGUGAUCUAUUUUUUGUUUUCAAUGACAGUUAAGCCAUAGCCCUACCUUAUAUGUUGUUUACAAUGUCUACAAUGACUGAAAGUAUAAUGGAGGGUGUGAUUUAAGGCAGAGGCCUGCUAUCAGAGAGUUGCUACAGUGUCUUCAGUGCUGUAUAAAUCCGACACAUGCAUUGUUUUGUGUGGUCCGAUCGUCACUGCUGGACAGGCAUUAAUUCAAACAGCAUCAGAGUUACAUUCAAGCUCCUGAGUUGGACUCAACUUCUGUAAAGCUGAAUUAAAAUUUACAUUUGUAGAAAAUAAAUUGCUACAGAAAAUAAAUUGCUACAAAAUGGACUAAGAUAUAUUAAUGAAUUUUUACCAAAUUUAAAUAUGAAAAUGCUGUUUGUAUUGAAGCGCUGCCAAAAUAUUUUAUGGGUCUUUUGCUCUUGAAUUUGACAGAAUAUGCCAUCAUCAUCUUUGUCUUUGGCCUAACAAGGACAGCUAUAAGUUACAGGCAGUCUUUGUGAUUGUAUCUUUACUGGUGUGCACUGAGCAACACUCGUCUACAACCUUUCAUUCUGUGGCUGGGACUGAAACCUUUUUUUUUUUUUUUUUUUUUAACGACAGGUUCAAUUACAGCAUUUGGCGUAGUAGAAUAGACAAUGGCGAAGAUGGAUGAUUUAUGUUUCUAUUUUAGUAAAUGAUCAGUGUAAAUAAGUUUGCAAAUUUUGUUUUACUGUUGUCAAUAUUGAGUUCAAAACUGCUUUUGUCGUUUUACAGUGGGGUUUUUGUUUUGUUUUUUUGUCUUGUUUUGAAAUGUUUGCUGCCAAUUUGUGAGCGAGUCAGAGUUUUUGUCCCAAAGCGGACCCGCUAAUCCAGCUCUGUAACAACAAAUAAUUAUAGCAACGUUCUGAUGUGUUUUGCUUUGUUCUGUCCUGGCAGGCACACGGAUUGUCAGAUUGGCUCUUUAUUUUUUUAUAAACUGUUUGAAAGGAGUGUUGUUGUCGAUGCACUCUCAUUUCACUUCAUUUGACGUGUUAUAGAGAUUUUAAAUUUCUUCAAAGUAGAAAAAAAAUUUGAAUACUUUUUCCAUCAGACUUUUUUGUAACAAGUUGUGGAACACUGAUUAACCUAUAAAAUGAAGCUUCAGGUGACAUUUUGAUUUGAAAGAGAACUGGCUUCGACGUCAGUCAUCCCGUUGGACACGGGGCACCAAAUCACACCUUUCUCCUAAGCUAAGACAAUCGGACUCUCAGGCUUAGAUCAGCCCACUGCUGUAAUUUCAAGGGCAUUUUGCUUUUUCUUUGUUGAGUUUUUUAUUUGGGAAAAUUUUAAAGUUUGUGCUGUGCCACCAAUGUGAAAGAUUGCACCUUAUUGUCUCAGCGGCACCAUCUGACAGAUUUGAACCCAACAGGCCAGGUAUCCAAGUUACGGCAUGUCUUUGCUGGAGAUGUGAAAUUGCAUGUUGUCAUAUGUAGUGCUGUAUGAACUUUUCAUACUCCCCUUGAGGUUUUGCACAAAGUGGUGCGAAGUCAGUGUGAUGUUCAUUUUUAUUAGAUGAAAUUGCACACAAAUUUGGGUGUAAGAAAUAAAACACCCCUUGUUUCAACACAGUUUAAUGCUAGUGAAAAAUACUAUGAUGCACAGAUCUUAUACUCAUGUUAUUGUAGCUUACAACACAAUAUUGUGCAAUAUUUGCUCUUUAAAGGUGUAAUUAUGUCCUUAAAGGCAGCAAAAAUCACCACUUUAUCAUUGGAAUAAAUGUUGUAAUGCGGGUUGGUUUAAAAUUAAGACAACCUGAGUGUAGUUUUGGACGUGAAAACUGGGUCCAAGUUUUCAUGUUGCAAAGAAAACCAGAAGUAAACAUGACAAACAUUGCAGUGAAAGCACAGCCUGUUGUAUUUUCUUUUAUUAUUUUUUUAUGGUUAUGUAUUUAAAUGAUUUUUAUUUGCAACUUGAAGACAGAGGACCCAUUUCAAGAAGUGGAUUUGAUGAAUUACAGCAUUUGGUUAUGUGGCUUUCACCAUACACUACGCUCACAUUUUCUAAAUUUCAGCUCAUCCUCUGAAAUCCCAGAGAUUGUUUUUAGCAUCAGAGCAAUCUUCAGUGGUAGCUCAUCUCUAAAACCUGUGGCUACGGCCUGAUUAUAAGAUCUGAGCAGUAUAAGCAAUGAAAUACUGAUAAUAGGUUUUGUCAGAAAUACCAUAAAGACCUGAUAAGACAAUAGUUAGUUAGCUCUGCAUAGCUGCUUCGCAUUUAUUAGGUUUUCUAGGAUAAUAGUACCUAAAAUUAUUCUACAACUAAAAUGAAACACCUACGAAAAUCUCUUCUAGUGCAAAAAUGCAUAAACUCAAGGGGUGUAUGAUUUUUAAUGGCACUGAACUUCACCUCUUCAUGUUGAAUCUGCACUGAUGCGACUCGAGGGAAUUAGUACAUUUUUUUGCAGUUACAGUUGAUGUUUUACAUGUACCUUAACUUUCCUAGAAUCAGUUUUCUGGAAAAACUGUUGGAAUAAAAUCGCCCCUCUGUCAGGGAAGCUCUGAAUUUUCAUGCCUCUGAACAACAAGAUAUAUCUGAAUGUUUCUCUGUGUUUAACAUUUUAAUUGAUUAAAAGUGGUUCCAGA